AUGGCGGAAGGUGGUUUUGAUUUAAACGAGAUCUUUCGCCUCGAUGUAACUGAUGAUUUAGCAGAAUUGGAUAUGUUAGACACCGAAAUUGAUGAAGAUAACUUGGAAGAACCAGAUAGCAGUUUCAAAAAUGUGUCUAAGGGUGAAUUUAUUGCUGUUUUGACAAGAAUACGUGAUCGUGACUGCAAUAUUCUAGACGAAGCAAUAUUUGCUGAAAAACUUUUGACGAAUAUUGAAGAAAAGGAAGCAAAUAUCUUACCCUUUUUAACAAUUGUUGAAACCUCAUUUUCCUCUUUUAUUAACGUCAAGGUAAAAGCAAAACAAGUACGCUCUAUUAGGAUAGAACAAAAUUUUUUUGAAAGAUUCAACAGAGAGAAUUCAAAUCCAGCAAAAGUGGGGAGAGCUGGUCGAGUCUUGUGGAAUUUCCACCAACAAAAAUAUUUCGAAGACUGUUCUAGAACAUGUACUCCUUCAUUUUUGGAUCGUAAAGCCACAUUUUACAAUUGAUCAAGUAACUGACAUCACCUUAAACACCACCAAUAGUAAUACAACCGACAAAAGUGAACUUGAGGCAAUUAGCUAUCAUGGAGGUUGGGCUGUCAAGAGGUCCAGAGAUUUGAUCAAGUCUAAGUGUGAUGCUUCAUCUCAUAUAGUAUUGAAACAGUCAGUGAAUGAUAGCAAUAAUGUCUUUGUUGACCCAAAAAAGGCCCUUGAACUUAUUGAGACUUUGGGUACAGACGAAAGACGAGGAGACAAGUACUUAUUUGUUCUACAUCCCGAAGUCACAAACUUUUUUGUUCUUUUACAUGAUUUCACGGACAGCUAUUUUUCUGUUUCAUCAUUUGAUGACCAGGUCAUUAUUAACUGUUUGAAAAAUAUGUCCAUAAAUGUAAAGUUACGUCUGGCCUGGGAAACUAUUUGCAAAAAUGCUUUUCCACUAGCUGUCCAGAUUUCAGUGCUGCAGAGAAUUUCCACCAUGUUUCUCAAGUCAAAACAACAAAUCAUUAGGGAAAAAUUGAAUCUUAAACCUCAAAAGGGGAGUGUAGCUUUAAGACAAGACAUCAAGAAGCCAAAGAAAAAGAAAUCUAAGCAAACAGAAAUACCUUCAUCUAUCUCUGGAAACCAAACUCCAGAUGUCAUUGUCAGGCUACAAAAGAACUUUGAAAAUCCUGAAAUUGUUGCAGAAUGUUUAAGGGAGAUUGGAAUGACUGUUGACCUUCAGUUUUAUCUCAAUCAUCUGACAGGGAAACAACUGACAAAACUCCUGAAAAGACUUGGCAAACCUGCCCUGAAUGGAAAAGGGAAGGCAAAGGAAAUAGCUGUUUUGCUGCCAAUUAUUACUGAUGACACUCAAUUGAACAUCAUGCUUUCAAAAAAGUGA